GUUCGUGGAGUAGGGGGAGAUUUUUAAAGGGGAGGCCCUCAAGAUGUCUGACAUGUUUCUGCAGGACCGCAGACCACUGGCUGGCGCAUAGCACAGGCUUGUGGUGGGCUGUUUGUCUGCGUGAAGCUGGCAUGGCCUCCCGUUCCCCUGCAUCUGUUCCCCAUUAGCAGAGCCGAGAGUAUAAAGCAGGGAGCUGACAGGGGCUGGGAACACUCGAGUUCCUGCCUGGAUCAUGGGGUUUACUAUCUGGCUGUGCGCGCUCCUCCUGCAGGCGAGCCUGCUGUCACACGCCCUCGACUGCUCAGGAGCAACACAGGGAGAGCUGUGUGUCGGCGGACGGACCGCAGACGGACAGUAUGAUGACCAGAAGCAGCAGAGGGCGCUACCCUUAACUGAAGGACUGGUUUUGUUCAGACGUAAGAGACAGUUGGAGCAGAGGGGUCCCACCCACCUGAGCCGCUCCAGCCUGCCUGGGGCCAUGUCUGUCAAAGGCUUCCCUAACACUCUCAUCCAGGCUGAUAGGUCCAGGCGACACUUGGUUCAAGCUGCAAAUAAGAAAAAGAACAAGCGUAAAUCCCGCGUCGGCUCCUUCUCCCUCCUUAGCAACGACAAGACAUCCACCCCCCUACAGGUGAUUAGAGCAAGGAGACAGGUGAAGAUUGACCCACCCAAGAGGGGCACAUCGGGUCGCUCUGGGGCUUUCUCUGUCCUGGGAGAUCCACAGAAUGAUGGACAGAACGACAGACCCAAAAGAAGCGUACAGAAGAUGGAUGCUGCAAAAUAAAAUGUUCAUAGUGUGCACAGUACAAAUGUGUCCACAUUCGACCAAAAAAACCAUGUAAACAAACUGAAGAUUGGUGUGAAAAUCUGACAUUAGGAGUAAGAACUUCUGUGUUUACUUGGUUUUGGUAACCUUCAGGUGUGUUGUCCACCAUUGCUGUUUCAUCUGUAAGAUAGCUUACUUUAAUCAGCCAGUCUGCACUUACAGAUUCUUUUUAUGUACUAUUUUAAGUUUCUAAUAUAUUCCUGCAUGUUAUAAAAUCACAGAAGAUCCCAUAUUAAUAUUCUAGUUUGCCAUUUUGUUGUAACCUAUUUAAUCACAGAUUCCUUAUGAAGAUUGGGGGUAUAUUUUUGCAGAAAUAAUACUUGUGUUGUUGUAUCAGAAUUCAAUAAAAGUUUAGUGG